GUUUUUUCUGAAAAACCAAAAAAGAAAGAAGAUUUAUGCAUAAUUUGGGCUCGUUUCCUUUCAUAAACUAAAUUCUCAAAAAAGCCCAUCACAUCACGUCAUAUCACGUAGGUGCUCAGCUCACUCUGCUGAGUUGAUCACUACCCGUUUGGCCAAAAAGCUUCACAGUCAGAGCUUAUAGUUGGGGAGAGAGAGAGAGAGAGAGAGAGAGAGAGAGAGAGAGCUGAAAAUGGCGAUCCAAAUACCGACUCGGCUGCUAUUCAUCGACGGUGAGUGGAGAGAACCAGUCCUCAAGAAACGCAUACCCAUCAUCAACCCUGCUAGCGAAGAAAUCAUUGGGAGUGUUCCUGCAGCUACUGCUGAAGAUGUGGAGCUUGCGGUGGAGGCUGCUCGGAGAGCCCUUGCCAGGAACAAGGGAAGAGAUUGGGCCUCGGCAUCCGGAGCAGUUCGUGCCAAGUAUUUGCGAGCUAUUGCUGCUAAGAUAACAGAGAGAAAAUCUGAGCUAGCAAAACUUGAAGCAAUUGAUUGUGGAAAACCACUGGAUGAAGCAGCAUGGGACGUGGAUGAUGUUGCUGGGUGCUUUGAGUACUAUGCAGACCUCGCUGAAGGUUUGGAUGCACAGCAAAAGGCCUCUAUUUCUCUUCCUAUGGAGCAAUUUAAAAGUCAUGUUCUUAAGGAGCCCAUCGGGGUUGUUGGGUUAAUUACGCCAUGGAACUACCCUCUGUUAAUGGCUACAUGGAAAGUAGCUCCUGCCUUGGCUGCUGGGUGUGCUGCAAUAUUGAAGCCGUCUGAGUUGGCCUCUGUAACUUGUUUGGAGCUAGCUGCUGUGUGUAGAGAGGUCGGUCUUCCUCCCGGUGUCCUCAAUAUUCUGACUGGACUGGGCCAUGAAGCUGGCGCUCCUUUGGCAUCUCAUCCCCAUGUUGACAAGAUUGCAUUUACUGGAAGUACUAUUACUGGGAGCAAGAUUAUGACCGCUGCAGCUCAACUGGUGAAGCCUGUUUCACUGGAGCUUGGUGGGAAAAGCCCAAUUGUUGUUUUUGACGAUGUUGAUAUUGACAAGGCUGCUGAAUGGACUGCCUUUGGUAUCUUUUGGACAAAUGGUCAGAUCUGCAGUGCAACAUCUCGUCUUAUAAUACAUGAAAACAUUGCAGCAGAGUUUUUGGACAGGCUUGUGAAAUGGAUCAAAAACAUCAAGAUUUCAGAUCCUCUUGAAGAAGGUUGUAGGCUUGGCCCUGUUGUUAGUGGAGGGCAGUAUGAGAAAAUAUUGAAGUUCAUAUCAACAGCUAAGAGUGAAGGUGCAACAGUUUUGAGUGGUGGGGCUCGUCCUGAGCAUCUAAAGAAAGGAUUCUUCAUCGAACCAACAAUCAUAACUGAUGUAACAACCUCCAUGCAAAUUUGGAGAGAAGAAGUUUUCGGACCUGUUCUUUGUGUCAAAACAUUUAGUUCAGAAGAUGAAGCUCUUGAACUAGCAAAUGACACACAGUAUGGCUUAGGCGCUGCUGUCAUAUCAAAAGAUUUAGAAAGGUGUGAGCGCGUUUCUAAGGCCCUUCAGGCGGGAAUUGUAUGGAUCAAUUGCUCUCAACCAUGCUUCUGUCAGGCUCCAUGGGGAGGCAACAAACGAAGUGGUUUUGGGCGUGAAUUAGGGAAAUGGGGACUUGAUAAUUACUUGAGCGUGAAACAGGUUACUCAAUAUGUGUCUGAUGAACCUUGGGGUUGGUACAAGUCGCCUUCAAAGCUGUGAAAGUUUACCCACCAAUAGGGUUGUGAAAAGUACCGAUAUGCAUGAAAUAAGAAGGGAUAAUAAACUGGAUGUUAAUGUAUCCCCUUUACCUUUAGGCUGGACUUGCGGUUAAUCAUAUAGCUUUUUGCGGCACUCAUAUUUUGAAUUCAGAGGCACUUUGUUAGCGAAUAUAAUAUUUCAAUGAUGAAGAAAGCUUUUUCACCAAAGAAAAAAAAUUUGAUGAAGAAAGCUUUUGUGAUUGAUUGAAA